UAUGUGGCCACCAAUGUGGUUGCGUUAAGUACCGUGACAAGACUAGCUGUUCUAGUUUAUAUGAUAUGGACUUAUUAAUUGUUAAUCAAUGAUUGACACAAUGAAUGGGAACGAGUACCAGUCGAAGGACGAGGAGACGCUUAAGACACUGUUGGAGACCUGCUUUGAUCUUGAUGAGCGACUCAAGAUCCGUCGAGCUUUGAGGAAGAUACGGUCCGACGUGAUCGCAGCACCAAAGGUUGCUCCUGAACUUCCAAAGGCGCCGUCCUCUAUUCAGAAGGCGCUAAGCCUACGGGAUGACCGCCUCAACAGAAGGUGCUCCAUGACAAGGCGUCGCAUAAGUAAGGGUGACUUAGACAUCAGAAGGGAAGGGGGACGCUCAUCUGAUGAUCGAUCAGAAGACAGUGAUGACCAACGGCCAGUGACAAAGUUGAAUGGCGGACAAACUGGACAACAGAAUGAUUUGAAGGUGCCGAGGACUGUAAGAGUGAUAGACACAAAUGGAAAAACAAACGGGUCAAGUUUAGGUACACGUAAAUCAAGUCAGGGUUCUCUGAGGCCGAGCAACGUGGAAAAUGGAAUACUUGAUUCAUUAGCACCAAGAAAAAGUAGCGUCCCCGGGCGGAGUGCUUCUCUUAGUGACAACAAACCUAUACGCCGUGUGUCUGAGCCACAAGCUAAGGUGACGUUUUCUCCAUCUGGAGACCUGGUAAAUGGGGACUCAAGUAGUGACCGGAAAACCAAUGGAUUUAAUCGGCCUCGGAGAAGUAUCACUUUCGGCGAUCCUAAUGCACAUUCACUGCUCAUGAGAAAGGAUCCUGAUAAGGAGGACAGGAAUCUUGAUGAAAUUGACAAUCUUUUAGACUUGAAUACUUUACUCAGAGAAUCUCGUGAUUUUGAAGAACGGAGAAGAAUCCGGGCACGCAUCAGACAAAUCAAAGAUGAUAUGCAUGAAAAGGUUCUCCAAGACAGGAAUAUGUAUUUUGAAUUUGAAGAGAAAGAACGAGCGUCCGCUCCAAAAUCUCCACCAUCUACCUCUACCUCAUCAGUCAGUCAUAUGACUGAUGAUGAAAUAAACAAUGCUCUUUCAGCCGUCAAGCAGCAGAUAGAUAAAGAACUAGAGAAACCUUUACAACAAUCAUCUCAAGAAGCUCAAGAAUCUCAUCCAACAUCUCCACCUAAAAGAUCUGUUCGGCAGGCACCUCUAGUACUGGUUCAGCAGGUGACUCGAGACACAAAUACCUCAGAUGAUAGAAUAGGCACAGAGCCAGUAGAAUUCACCGAUGAACCGCCAAUCAGAGUACAAAAACAUAUCAAUACAGAAUCUUAUAAUCUGGACAGUAUUCCUAAAUCCGACAGUGUAAAAGACGCUAAAAGAGACACAGUCGCUGAAAGAGUGAGUUUGCCAGAAAAACAAACUUUAAGUGAUAAACGUAGAAAAACGAGUGGGAGUGGUCCUCCUUCUGGAAGACAGAAGGAUACGGUUUCAGCGUUGGUUCUGAUGUCGGUUCCGGACCGUAAAAUAAGUCAGGUAGAGUUGGAACAAGCAUUUGAUGAUGUACUUGAUGACUUUAGCUAUGAAGCUGAAGCUAUAAAAAGUAAUAAAACUGUGCGACUUUCAACGUCCAGUAUUACGAGUAAUGACUUACUGUCAUUCUCAGACAAUCAAAAUGAAAAUACUGUGAAUUCACAAUCAUCUGAUUCGGUUUCUAAGGAGUCUGCAGUUGCCAUGGAACCAGUGUCCUUGGACACUAUUGCUCAGGAAACAAAUCCAAAAACUUUAGUUGAUCAGGAAAGUGUCAGCACCAAACAUACAUUUACCGAUAGGAUGAGUGAGGUAGAUGCCCCUGCAACCAAGGUUGAACAUCAAAAUCAGGAGCAAGAUGAAGUGUUUUCAGCAUCUAAAAGGAUCACUGGGGAAGAUGAUCAGAAAAAAGAUGCGGCAGGUGACAGUGUUGGGAAGAAGGAGAAAAAACACAAACAUAAGCAUCGUCAUCACAGUAAAGAUGGGGAGGGUGAGGGAGAGGAGCGAAAAGAGAAGAAGAAGCAUAAACACAAGCACAAACAUCAUGAUGAGGAGGGGAAGGAAAAGAAGAAGAGUCGGAAAGAACUCCCGCCCGAUAGCGACCUGGCCGGGAUUGAGGAUGUAGCCGUCCUUGAACAAAUGCUUGAGGAGACAACUGAUUUUGACCGUAGACGUGAUAUUCGCCAUGCUGUAAGAGUACUGAAGAGGAAAGCAAGAGAUUUAGCUCUGGAACGAAGGGAAAAGAAAGAGAAGGAACAACCAAAGCGUAAGGAGUUAGAAGUACAAGAGCAAGAGGAUGGGACAGUCAUUGUAGAGGCCAAAGAAGUGGGCCCAAAGGAGGAGAAGACUACAACUGUUCUAACAAAAGCUUCCCGCACAGCAAGUAAGUCCCAGUUGGUGACCAAAGACACAACUGUUGUGACAAAACGGAAGACUUCAGAUGGUGACGAAUAUACUGAGGUGGAUAAUAUAUUGACUUCCAAAAAGUUGACAACCCGUGGGUCCAUGUACAUGGACACAGAGUUUGUUCGUUCAAAACAUCUGAAGGACUCUAAAGGCAAAGAGUUUAUUGAAGAGGAGGUGAUAUCGAGCCGCGUUGAGGACUCCAUCUCAAAAGACGAGGCUAGAGAGAACUUAGUUACGACUACGACUCAUUUAGUUCUUGACAAGGACGCGCCAAAGGACUUUACUGUGGAUGAUGCUCCAAAGGUGGAUUUUUUCCUUGAGAAUCCUGAAGUGAAAUCUGAGGCUCCUGACGUUUCGCCUCUGGUUGAAACCAGUCCACAAGUCGUUAUGGCGGAGGAGGUGCCAGUGAUGGAGGAGAUGAAGGAGGCACCAGUGAUGGAGGAUGCUAAAGAACUUGAGACCCCUAAACCAGAAGAAUACCUCUUUGAAAUCACCGAGCCACUUUUCAACCAACAGGGUAAAGUUGGAGCAUCCACGACAAUGGAAUGCAAGAUUAACACAGACUGCCCAAAGGUCAAUAUAGAAUGGUUCAGGGACGACACCCUGCUCGACAACGGCGAUGAUUUCUAUCAAACAUUUGACGGGUCCACGGCAAGGUUACUGAUCAGUGAGACUCAACUGAAUGAUUCUGGGAUGUACCGAUGCCUUGUCAGGUCCGGGGAGAUGAUGGAGUUGGAGAGUGGGGCCAGAUUGACUGUCAUCGAAGAAGCUCCUCGAAAGCCAGUCGUCCUCGAGCACCUCAACGACAAAUCUGCAAAUGAUGGAGACAAAGUGACAUUGGAGUGUUCAGUCGAGGAGUGCGAGAAUCUGACGAUAAAAUGGUACAAAGAUGACGUCAUCAUCAAGAAUGAUGCUGAUUUCAAGCAGACGUUCAAAGGAAACAAAGCCAAGCUAGUCAUAUCCGAGAUCUUUCCCGAGGACGGUGGCAUCUACUCAUGUGUUAUCACGAAUGAGAAUGGCGAGGCAAGGAGUGCAUGUAGUCUGGCGAUCAGUAAAGAAGAGGAAUCAGAACCAGCCACCCUCGUUGCACCAGACUUCAUCGAACAACUCAAAGAUGUCUCGUGUAAAGAUGGCGAAAAAGUGGCAUACUCAUGUAAAGUGGUCGGCGACCCAAAACCCAUCGUCACCUGGUACAAAAACGACCGCCUCAUCCGAAACAGCUCCGACUUCUUCCAAACUUAUGAUGGAUUUACUGCUAAGCUGUUGAUCGAGGACGUCUAUCCUGCUGAUAUGGGCGUGUUUAAAUGUUUGGCUGAGAACAAAGCAGGGCAGGCGGAAUCAACCGCACACCUCAUUGUACUGGAUGCCUGUACCAAACGCAGACCCUCGCAAGUUCAACCCGUUGUGCCACAGUUCAUAGAAGGAUUAAAAGAUGCCUCGAUCGAGGACACACACCCUUUGGUCCUCCAGUGUAAGGUCACUGGCGACCCGCGGCCGACAAUCAAAUGGUACAAGGACGGGAAGAUCCUGAAGCAUGAUCAAGACUUCCAACAGAUGUUUGUUGGAGAGACCGCCAAAUUGGAUGUUUUCGAAAUCUUUCCUGAUGAUGAGGGAGUCUAUAAAUGCGUUGCUAAAAAUUCAGUUGGAGAAUGUUCAACAGAGUGUUAUUUAACAGUCACGGGGCCGCAUAAAGAUGAAGAAAAGUCAACUUCAGAUGUAAAAGAGAUUGAUGCUUUGAAGGAAAAGGAAUCCCUGAAAAAGGCUGAUUUUAUAGAGGAUGUGUCGGAGUUGGAAAGAGCUGAGGUCAAGGAUGAAAAGAAUGCUAUAGAAGUGAAACCUGUGAAGGAUGUACCAAAAACGGCACAGGAUAAUUCCUCUGAAUCUUUAGUGAUUGGCGAAGUGAAAUCUGUUAAAAUACCAGAGAAGGUUAUAGUGGAUACUGUGACAGUUGAUCCUAAAGGAAUUGAAGCAGUAAAGCCAAUUCAGAAAUCAGCUUCGCCUGUUGAUACCAAUACUUUCCGUGAAAAGGACUUGGUUUUUUCGAAACCAGUAGAGACAAAGGACAUGUCCAUUGCUCCUGAAAAAUCUGUUGCAAAUCUAGAACCAUUUGAAGAACCUAAAAAGACAAUUAUGCGCUGUCAAUCAGAGAUAGUCACACCAAAGGCAAAACUUCAGAGUAUUUCACGCUCUCCAUAUACAAUGAAUCGGCCCGUUCUUAAAGCAAACACUGAACCAUUUACACUGGAGCCCAGCGCAAAAACAGCUGUGCCGGAAUCAAGUCCAACUGAUGUCAAACAAAUCAAUGUUGACAUUGGUUUCGGGAGUAAAUCUGUUGUGACAGCUCCUACCACGACUGAAUUAGAUUUAAAAAAGAAGGAUAACGAGGUUUCUGUCCAAUCAGUACAAAUGCCUGAGAAGGUGAACAUUCCACAGCGUUCUUUUAGUCUCAAGGUCUUACCUCAACCUGAGCUUGAGAGGCCGAAUCCAUUCCGCCAAAAACCGGCUUCUUUUCGGAGUCCUGAAAGGUCGUUGAAUAGAGAUGGUGCAUUGAGUCCACCAGGAGAAGCUAAGCCAGCCAUGGGACUGAAGCGCACGAGCAGCAAAGUUGGUGAUCUACGCAGCAGAUUUGAAAAUAUGAACCAAAGUCCUUCUUCGUCGCCUCUGAAGCCCCUGCAUCCAGUCGGGAGGUCACAUUCCGUCGUCGUCAAACCUACUCAGGACUUGUCGUUGCCCGGCUGGCCAGACAAGGAUAAGAAGGAUGCGCAGAAUAAGAUAGCAACAUUCCUGAUGAAUCGUACUGGCAGCAUGAAGUCCCCAGGUGAACCGCGACCCACCCUCACCAGCAACAUGAGUGCCGUGGACUAUGAGACGAUCACUGAUGAGGUCAAGUUGCAAAAACUGCUGACUGAUACUCAGGACUUUGAUGAGAGGAAGAAAAUCCGCCAACGGAUUAGGGACAUAAGAGAUAAACAGAAACAGGAGCUUGAUGCCCAAAGAAAGCACAAAGAUAGCCAAGAUGUUCAGCGGCGACAAAAACUGGCAGAGGAGGACAAGCAGCGACGUUUGGAACAAUACCAGAAGAUUGCUUAUGAUCCCAACUCAGUGCGUAAGGAUGAGCCUCGUGUCAAUGUGGAUGUGGUCAGGGACAUGGCCAUGGUAAAUGAGGCUAGCAAGCAGAGGACAGCAGAGAAUGUCAGGGACAUGGCUGGGCCGUCCUCAUCAACGCACAGCAGUCAGAGUGAGCGCUUGAAGCAACUACGUCAGAAAGACGCAGAGGAAGCUAAGCAGAAGAAGAUUCAGUCGACAAGCGAGAUGGCAAAACGCGAGACACACUCGAAAACGGAGACGUUGGAGACACAGGACGGUUCGACGAAAACAGUAACAACGACAACGAAGGAGCAUGGUCCAGAUGGCAGCACUGUUGUCACAAGAAACCAGAAAACCACGACCUCAAUGACCGGCAUGGGUGGUACGGUAUAUGGUGCUAAACCUGACACAGCUGACGUAAUAGCAGAAAAAUUGAGCAAAAAUGCCCCCAAGACAUCCGGCCAGGUCACCGUGAAGAUGCAGUCAUGGAACAGCAAAGAUGGCGUAAUCACGAGAGACGAGAAAACGUCACAAUGGGGAGGUACACGCAGUAUAAAGAAACCACUUGGUGCCAUAGCUAGCUUGGGCUUAGCUUACUCAGUUUAUCUAAAAAAUAACAAAGCCCGUCCACAAGGAGCUCGAGGUGCAAUGGCCGCCUUCAAGCAGAUGGAUAACACAGCAAAUCCAGGAGGUGCAAAGCCGAAGCCAAACUUCCUUGGUGCGCCCGCAGGCCCCGCUAAGGGUGUCAAUGUGCAAAGAAGCCCUAGCGCAAUCAAGCAAAUGUUGAUGGGUUGGUGCGCUUCCAUGACACGAGGUUACGAGGGGGUGAAUGUCACCAACUUUUCAAGUUCAUGGGCUGAUGGCCUGGCUUUCUGUGCCCUGAUUCACCACUUUCAUCCAGAAGCAUUUGAAUUCAGUGAACUAAAAGCCAAACAUAGGAGGAAAAACUUCACACUGGCAUUUGAUACAGCUGAGAAAUUUGCUGAUAUCGCUCCCCUUCUGGAUGUGGAGGACAUGGUACGCAUGAAGAACCCAGACUGGAAAUGUGUGUUCACUUACGUCCAAAGUUUUUACCGAAAGUUUAGGAAUCAUGAAUGUGCUAUUCACAGGCCAGCACAACCACCACCAGCGCAGUGAUCAAGAAAAGCAUUAGAAAUAUGGCCGCAGUGUAAAGCAUUGGAAUUGUGGCCUUAGAGACUUCUGAAACUUUAUUUUAGCCAUCUGUUUUGUGGCCAUUGAAUUCAUGUGUCCUCAAUCGCAAUUAUUCUAAAGUUGCGUAAGUUUUAUCAUGACAAAACUUAUUUAUGAUUUUAUCGAGUAUUAUAUAAAAAGCUUCGAAUAAGGAAGUUUUGAAAGAAGGUAUUUGAUGGUCUCACUUAGGCCACGUUUGAAGCAGCAUUACUUAAUUGACUACCAGUAAAACUCAUGCUGGCUAAAUUGUUAGAGUCAAACUGGGACAUUUUACAGAAUCUUUCGAUGGAGUUCAUGGCAAAUGUCUACAAAUUUACAUAAACCUGCAGAUUUUAGUAACCAUUUUGACAAGAUUUAAAGUCUUUUAUGAACUUCUCUCGGGUAAAAGUGAUCUUCAUUCUUAUGCAAAGCACGCACAGUAGUGAUUCACAUCAAACAUAAUGCAAAUUAGUGCCAUAUCUACUAUGAAAAUGAGUGUUUCCUAUUUAAUGGAAAGUCCUUCAUACCAUUAACAUUUCCCUGAAAAGAUCCUCUGACCAGCAGCCAUUGUUAAUGCAUUGUAUCCUCUUUUUAUAAAAUUAUCUUUUAAAACUGACUUUGGAUAAUAUAAGUACCAGUAGUAGGGUAUCAUGAUUGUGAAAUAAUUUAUUUUUCUAAAGUUACACCCUCCCUUGACUGUAAUGUCCUUUACCCAAAAAGUAAAAAUGCAACAAUACACGACCCCUAUCAAUUCGAGUUGGGCAAUGUUCGAUAAUUCUGUGAAUAUACAAUCGACCUUUGGUUUGAUUAUAGAAACAUACAAGCACAUUGGUAUAUAAGCUUAAAGAUAGCGUAUUCUUGUAAAUAUUCUGUAAAUAAUCAUGUUUUGUUAUUAUCUAUGCAUUUAUUUGUUCAAUGCCAAUCAAUUUCUGCAAGUCUGUUCAAUUUGGAUGUGUAACAGAGGCAGACUUCCUAUUCCAUCGAUAUGUAUUCAAUGGCUUUAAUGUGGACAAUAAAACCAAAUGGCUCCUGGCUGUAUUUGCAGUAUUGAAAUGUAUUUAUUGCCAUGUUUUUAUUGUCAUCUGCAUGCAAGCCAGUGAUGCAAAAAUUAUGGUACAUAAAGCCCAUCUCCAUGGGUUAUAAAACUGAAAUAUACAAAACCUCCUUUUCAAUUGUAAUUGUGUUCUUUCAAAUUGUUCAAUCAAAAGUGAAGCCACAUGGAUGGUUUCGUAUUUGAAAUGGCAGUGAAGUCAUAGAAUCUUGAAGGUAAUUUUUUGCAUAUGUAUGGCAUGCAAUCCGACAAAAAUUGGAUGAAAAAUCAUAAAGUCCUGAAUGUUGUCAAGAUUACAUAGGCCAAGUUAUUGAAAGUGUCCUCGACAACACUUGAGUUUUAAAAUAUUUCAAAUUGGCAAUAGAAAGUUUUACUUUAAAUAAAGUUAGUUCUUCCUACACUACUGUAGAAUGGCCUUAGAGUGUUUUUGUGCUGUCUUUAACACAUAACCAAUUGUUUACAAUAAUGUUUUAAAACAUCAGGAAAUUUUAUGUAUAUAAUCCAUUUAAGCAAUGUAUUUUAGUUUUAACAACUUGUACUAUACAUAUAGACAGUAAAAGAUUACAUUUUGCUGUUUUCUAUUAUAUUAUUGCAGAAUGCACAAUUAAGUCUCUGACGAUUACUCGAGAAUAUGCAAGCUUACUGAAGUAUUACAUUGAUACCAUGUACGUCUUGCAGUGCUGAGGUUUUCACUUGGCACUGACAUGUAAAUAUUCUUCUAAAAACAUAAUCAUGAUAUUAACCAAAAGUGCAUCUGAAAAAUGUGAAAAUGCAAUUGCCCCUUUAAUAUCUGUGACAUAAAAUGGAUAUCAGGGUUCUGUGUCAAAGCAGGUGAAGAUCUUUGACCUUGUAACUGUUGACCUGUGCUAAUAGACUUCUUUGGCUCGGGUAUAUUGUUCAGUUUAAGCCAAACACAGUUCAGAAGAAAUAUAAUCUUCCUUUGGAGCUUGCCUGUGAGCCGUGGCCUCAUAGGCAAGUAAACCCUUCUUAAAUCAUGUAUAUUCUUUAUGAUAUUUUAUGCUUGGUUCAUGUCUUUAGUCGUGUGCUUGAUUGAAGCAUAAGUUGAUGAUGUGUAUUUCCUAUUUUAAUCUUGUAAAUAAUACAGUAAUUCCUCAACAAUGCUCGCUAUCUGUUGAGGAAACGAAAUGAUGGUUUUAUGAUUGCAGAUAUUGCAAUAAAGUUUUGUUGGCCUUUGA